AUGCUUCCCACUUGUAUUGCAGACAGCUUUGAAUUCAUCUUUCCCCCUCAAGGACCUGGAGUUUCAAGAGUCAUGCUUUGUCGUUUGUCACUGCAAAUAGACAAUCAUGUGUUAUUUGGAGCAUGGGUUCGUGAGGUGAAUGAUAUGAUGUGGGAACGGUACUUACAAAAGUCCAAUCAAUACCUUGAAUUGCUGAACGAUUGGCUUGAGAAAUGGCCUUCUGUCUCAAGCUAUGAUGGCAGUCCUCCACUGCACUGUACAAGCUAUGAUGGCAGACCAAUAAUCCCAUACUCGGCAUUUGGAGAGGCUGGUCACCACAAUGGAAUUAUGAUGACUGAAAACCUCGCCAAAACACUCUUUCGGCUUGUGGAAGGCGGGAAAAGACUGCAAUACAACCAGAAUUUGUUUGCAGCAUGGCAGGAUGAAGGCUUGAGAGCUGAUGACACCUUCAAGAUUUGCAAGAAAGUCCAUGUGACAACGUCAGGAAAGAAGAGAGUGAAACCAUUUGCUGGCCUACUGACUCUUUUGUCUCAAAAAGGAAAGAUAGUGGCUGCUGUGUUCAAGUCCAGCAUGUCACAUGACACAAACACUUGCAUUCUUCAAGAGGUAAAGAAAGCGAGAGACUAUGUUGGUGCUCCCCGUCUGAGGCUCCUCCAAACUGACAAUCCUGUAGGGGAACAAGCUCCUUACUACACCAUAUUUCCAGAACUGAAAGAGGGUAUAGUGGCUAGGUCCUCGUUGCCUUCCAUUGAGAUACCACAAACUGAUAUUGCAGUUCUUGAUGAUGCCACUGCCAUCAACAAUUACAUUUUGACAUUUGCUGAAUCAUUUCCGGGUGAUACUGAUAUCUAUUACGGGCUAGAUACAGAGUUUGAGAGAGACGGCCAGAAGCUCACAGUUUUAUCAUUGGCUUUCUCUCAAUCAAUCAUUGGUGUACCAGUGGCCAUUGUUAUUCACCUACACAAGAUUGCAAAAAGAGACUUUCCAAAUUCUCUGAAGAGGCUCCUGGAGCAGCACAAUAUGAUCCCCACUGGACGUCUGAUUGGCGGAGAAGGAUGGAGCUGUACAACUUGUGUAGAACUGAUAGGGGUAUUGAACGAUAUGGACUGA